AUGAGAACUCAAUCCAUCCUUAUCGCUGCUGCUCUAUCUACUGCCGUCAUCGCUGACAGCAGUAUCACCACAACUAUCACCGCUACCAAGAACGGUCACGUUUACACCAAGACUGUUACCCAAGACGCUACUUUCGUCUGGGAAGGUGAAGGAUCCUCAACUUCUGCUGCUGAAUCCACUUCUGCUGAGGCCGCUUCUUCUACUGAGGCCGCUUCUUCUACUGAGGCCGCUUCUUCUACUGAAGCUUCUUCUACCGAAGCUACUACCAGUGCUGAAAGUUCUGCUGCUGAAACUACCUCUGAUUCUGGCAGCGGUAGCAGUAUCACUACUACUAUCACUGCUACCAAGAACGGUCACGUUUACACCAAGACUGUUACCCAAGACGCUACUUUCGUCUGGGAAGGUGAAGGAUCCUCAACUUCUGCUGCUGAAUCCACUUCUGCUGAAUCCACUUCCGCCGCUGAGUCUACCACUCUAGCUACUGUUAGCAGUGCUUCUUCCUCUUCCUCCGCUUCCAUCGCCACUUACACUGGUGGUGCUGCUGUCGCCACUGUCGGAACUGGUUUGUUGGGAGCCGCCGUCGCUGCUCUUUUAAUCUAA